GAACUUUCGGAGGGAGAUGACAGGUUUGUAGAAUAAGUCAUUACAGGAACUAGUGAGUUCGAUAGACUACUUCACAAACAACCUCAUAGUGUGUCUUCUGCGUUAUUAAUCGAAUAUCUUUUAGUGGAGGACCGGUGAAUCGUUCUUUAAAAACAGCAGCGAUUGCGUGUUAGGAAACAAAAAGUAUUCCAGGUUCGUGCCGCUGAGGCAAGAAAGUCAAAUUUUAAUGGUUAUAUUGGAGGACAAAGAUCAGAAAUUGAACGAACGCUUUUCAUAGGAAAUGUCUGAAGAAUCUAGAAGAGAAAAUUGGAUGUGUCGGCAUUUGACGUUUUAUCAUUGUAUGAUUUUUUCAAGUUUAGUUCAGAAAGUUAAAUUUCGUAGCCGUGUUAUUGAUCCCGAUUUUGUUUUUCCGAGAACAUAAAUCUUUCCCUUAUGACCUAAGUCACCUUAAUCCGCAAGUAAGCUUAAAUAGUUUUUGCACUCAAAAUCGAAGGAAUAAUGUAGAAAAUUAAAAUAAUCCUUGGAAUUAGUAGCAGUUUUUGUUGUUUUUGUUCCAUUUGCAGCGUGCGAUAUUCAUUUGAAGUUAUCCAUGCGUGCUAAAAUUCGAUAGUGUAACAUAGUAUUUUAUAAGCGUACAAUAUGUGUCUUAAUCCUCUUAUUGAGCAUUGAUUUUUUACAGUGAUUACAAAGAGAGAUGCAAUACACGUGAAGAUCACAAUAAAUUUGAAAUGUAGGCCGUCACGUCGAUAGGAAGUAAACUUGACCAGUGUUCCGCAGUAUGUCCGGAGAUCUACAAGCUACGAUCGAAUUUUCUGUGGAGUUUUCGACGUUUCAUAAUGUCGACCUAUUUCAACGAGGGUAAGUGCUAAAAAAAAUAACCCUUAUAACUCUAGAAAAGUUUUUAUGUACGUGGCAUGAAUGUUGGUUUUUGAAAACCCUUUCAAUGGUGAGUUUUUUAAAUUUAUUGUGAGUUUUAGGACUCUCUUUCAAUUUACGUCAUGUCUCUCAUUUGCAAACUGUUUACCUAUAUUUUAAAUUACUGAAAAACACAACAAUUAAAACGUUUUCUCCUCAAUUUUUAUUGCAUCAUUUUUUUAUUAAAUAUAAAACGCUUUUUGGACAUUAUGCCAACUGAGAGACGAGUGUGAGUAACUCAAGUUUUUGCUUUAUAAUUAAGUCAUUCUUGUUUCAAAUUAAAAGUCCACCUUAGUUGGCAGGCCACAUUUGCAUGUAUGCUGAAUCCAUACUGAAUAAUUACCUUGGUGAGAUGGGAAACCGUUGCCAAGUAUUCAGAAAGAUAUAGAAAUAGAUAGCUAUAGUUGUUGCAGAAAGAGAGGGGGUGGGGGGUAGGGAACCUUAGACCCCCACCUUUUGGGAUGAAAAAUGUCUUACCUGAGUUUUAAUAUUUUAGAUCAUCAGAUUCAAAAUAUACAAAAAAUAAUAAAUUCAGUUCCAAAUUUUUCAUUCACAUGGUGACCUCAUUGUCAACUUUGCAACACUUUUCUCUGUUCUUUUUACAAUGUGUGAACUCCUUUUAUUUGAGAAUUUUAAGGGCACAGCUUGUGCCACUUGCUUUACCAAAAGGAAGGUAAGAUUUUCAACUGUAAAAGAAUGGAGUUAACAAAUUUUGUUUCUAUCCAGAAUUAGUUUGCUUCGGGAUCAAUGUUUGUACAAAUGACUGAUUUUGUUAGGCUUGGAGAUGAAAUUUUGUCAUUGAAUACUUGUCUUAGUAAUACCCACACAGUUGUUAGCUAGCUCAGAAUCAGGCUUAACGCACCAUGGGGAUGGUCGCACAGAGCAGAAAAAAAAAAUUGAAUUAAAGUCUUUAUGUAGCCGAGGAGACACCGAGAGGUUUUCAUUUUUCAGACUCAGCAUUAAGGCUGUUUAAUUCUAUUUCAUGGGUUGUUUUAGUAAACCUAAGAAGGAUGUAAGAUUGGGGGUCUCACAGUUUGUUUUGCAAACCCAAAAUGUGAUAUUGGCUCUAUUAAUAACUGAGGAACCUGACCCGGGGAGGGGGGUUACUCCCAUACAUUACCUAUACGGGUAUGUGCUGCCCAACGGGGUCGUGAUUUUGAAGCUCUUGAUUUAGAACGGGGUAUCCAUUUCAGAGGCGUUUUCUAGAACGGGGUAUAAAAAAUUGUGGAUCGCGGCUUUAUUUUCUGCUUAAAAUUGUCGCUGAUUAUGAAGAAGCAUUUAUUUGAUGUAUAGGUCGAACAAAUAAAGAAAUAUCUUUUUAAAAAAACAGGGCUCUUUCAAUUUACAAACUUUCUAGAACGGAGUAUAAAAAAUUGGCCCAUUUCUUGCACGGGGUAUCAGUUUUAGGGCGAGUUCUAGAACAGGGUAUAAAAAAUUGGCCCAUUUCUAGAACGGGGUGCCAAUUUGGAGUCCUGGGCGGCACAUACCCACCCAAAAGAUACCCAAGUGCCCCCCCCCCCUGGGGAACCUGACAAGAGACUAAUUUAGAAGCACAACUUUCUUUUCAGUUAUUAUCAGAUUCGUUGUACACUGAAACCUCCACUAAAGGCUGCUGCCACUACAGAAGUUGAACAAAGACAACAGUUUGGUUUAGGUAAAUUUAUUGUGUUGUAUUUACCUAGUGAGCUGAUCCCACAGGACGGGGGGGGGCUACCAUAUAAAUGUGGCAAGGACACUUAAGGAUAUUUUUGUGUCAGGGUGGUCAGGAUGGAGGUCCGGAACAUUUAAACACUGUAAAUCCCAAGAGUGGCCAACAUCAGUUUUCUCCUAACAAUAUCACUUCAUAAACAUGAGAAAAAGUUACAACAAUCAGUGAUUUUGUUACAAAUAGAUAUGGUGAGUCCUGGGACUCAUCUGGAGAAAUAUCAUGAGUCCCUUUCCAGAACCAAUGAGUCCCAGUUUAAAAACAACGAGUUCCUUGAUCUUUAUGUAACCACACAGUUAAUCUGAAGACAGACUCCAAAACUCUGUAUUACAGUUUACUGAAAUUAAAAUAUCUCCUUCUAUUGUCAAGCACAACAAAAACUAAAAGAAAUACGAGUCCUUAAACAACAGCCAUAAGAACAGCCACUGAAAUCACUCAAACAGGAUAUUCUACAAAAACAUUUUACAAAAACUUCUUCAGGUCAAUCAAUCAAUCUUUGCAUCCCAUGGGAUGUAUACCACAAAUUAUUUUGCAUCUUUGGGAAUUUUUAUGAGCCAGGGACGGAGGACGCAGAGGUAACAAAAUCACUGGAGAAUUAACAAAAAUUAAUGAUCUAUGAUCUUUAAACAAAUCAAAUUCUUUCAGGGUUCUCAAUAGAUUUUUAAGUAGGAGGUGAUCACUGAUAAAGUAGGAGGCUCUUCAGCAAAGCGAGACGUGUCAAAACAAAGCAAAGAAAAGCGACUUAAACACAAAGUAAGCGGCUAUAAAUCCCAAAGAAAGCAGCGAUCAAUCGCCGGGUGCCGCCUUCUAUUGAGAACCCUGUUCUUUUAUUAAUUCUUUAAGGAAAUGUACAUGUGAAUGUAUGGACAUCAGUCUGGAGAAUUUGUUUUUUGAUAUUAGGGCUGAAAAGCUUAAAAUAGUUUAAGUGCAGUAGGUUUUUUUAAAUGGAAAACUGUCAUUUUGUAAUUAUUUUGUUUGAAUAGAAAAUAUACCAUACAAAUGUGUAGUGACACUGGUGUUUGAGCUCUGUGUAAAUUUUCAUGAGCAGGUGUUACAUGAGAGAAAAAUUUAUAAAGAACUCUCCAGAAAACCUAAAAUCAGAAUGCAUUUGAGUAUAAUGACUAUGAGGGAGAACGCCAAACCCACCAAAAAAUAUAAUUAACUAAAAGUUAUCUCUUAGGCUUUAGUGAACAAUCAAGAAAAGUAAAUUCCCAAUUCCCACUUACCAGUAUUCCAGUUUUCAAUAGACCUUUAUAGUGGAACAGGGGCUAGAAUAGUAAUGGUACUGUUUCAAUUGAAAGGCUUGGAAGUUCUUUUAAUAAUAAACUAUUUUUCAUUUGUUUCCUAUCAAAAAAGCAUGGGGUUAUACUUGUAUUAGCCAGGGGAAAUCCCCAGCAGCGACCCUUGAUGAUUCGGUUCAAUUUAGGUUUCUGGGAAACUGCCCGCCUACCCCUUCCCUAAGCCAACAUUUUCGCUAGGUGAGAAGUAAGUGAUAAUGUUGGCUUAGGGGAGGGGUAGGUGGGCAGUUUCCCAGACACCUAAAUUGAUCCAAUGAUUCAUGUCCCUCUGCACAUUGCUUUUUUGGACAGAGCCAUAUGUAUACAGGUUAAAAUUAAAUUCAGGUUAUCAUAUUAUUUUUUAGCCAAGGUUGAUUCUCAAUUUCCUUUGUCUCCUAACCCUAAGUCAUGAAUAAUUAGGGCUAGGAGACAAAGGAAAAAGGAGAAUCAACCUAGGCUAAAAAAUUUUAACCUGGAUUUAAUUUUGAUCUGUAACAGAUACUUACAUGUAGUGGUAUCAACUUCAUGCAUUGACAAUGAGUAAUGAAUGCUUAGGCUGUGCAUGUUCAGUUAAACCCCAAUUUUUGAAAACCUUAUGAUUAAAACCAUGAGAUAUUCUUUCCACCCAGUCUUAUGAUAAACAUAAAUUGAGGCAAUGAGGAUUUACUGAACUUUUAUACUGGUACUAACUCACAGCUUAAACUUUAGAUGAACGAGGGACAGAGUAUUUAUUAGGAGCAGCCAUUGCACCAUCUGGGGUGACAGCCAUCUCCAAAACCUUCCAAAUUCUGUACAGGAAUGAAUCUGUUAUGGUCAAUGAUUGCUUUGUGUUCCGUCUUCACAUGUUGGUGAACAGUGACAAGGUAGGAUAGUAUAUCUCUCUCCGUGUGAAAAAGGACUCUGUUGUAAGAUCAGUAAAUAACAGCUAAAAGCUAAACAACUGAGACUAUUCUGACAUGUUCAAGAACUAGUCCAGCGAAGCAAGUAAAAAACAACGUACGUGGUCGCCCGUUUUUGAGGUGUGCAUGCAAGUCAGUCAGGGAGCCCCUACGGGGGAUUCCCACAGGUUCCAAUGUUACAACAGAUCCAAAGUGUGCAAAUAUAAACAAAUAUAAAGUAGACUCCUGUGAAUACAUCCACUACUGGAUUGUGAAGAUUUGCUCGAAUUAGCAGGAUGUCACAACAGGGUAAGCUGCCUGUUAAGGGACACACAGCCAGAUCUUAACCCAGCUUCAGUUGCACAAAGAAAAAAAAACGAGCAAGGUGGUUUUAUCUACUGUUACUGUCACUCCUGGUAGUUACCAGAGUAAAAAAUCCCCCCCCCCCACCCCCUUGUAUACACACACACUCACACACGCAAAAACAUAUAUACAGGUAUAUCAAAUUUUCUUAGGUAAAAUCCUAAGAAAUGAGGUUUAAAAUGAAUGGUUACAUUAUAAGAUUAUAUUUUUGUCCACAGAUUUAAAUGUUUAGUAAUCUUACCAUAACUUAUUCUUGCAGUAAAAAGGUUAAUGAGAUCGUCAUAUUGUGGGUUCCUCUGUAGGUUCCUUCCUCCUUGAAAUGUUUUAUCUAGGGAUUGAAAUGUAAAGUUUUAUGUUAUACAUUCUGUUAUUUUUUCAAUUUUAAUACUCAGGUUGUCCAAGAGAUUGACCAGGCUGAUUAUCAAAUGACAGUAGAACUAUUUUUCUCUGAUUCGGACUACGGGUAAUGAAUUCCCUAGAUAUAAGUUUAUCAUUAGUUUCUUGUAUAUUUUUGCACGUAAAAUAAAUUACUUAAAUAAAAAUGUGUGCUUGGGAUUAAGGCCCAAGUGAACUCUGAUAAACUACUAGAUUCUCCUCGCAUUUUGCCUUGUAUAAACUUAUGAAUCUAAGGGAGAGUUUUGGAUUAUCACACCCACCCCUUCAUUAGUGUCAUGUAGUUUUGAAACAUCCAGCGGGGCUAAGAUUUUAAGUUGCUUGGUACAAUGCAAUCAGUAUAUAUGGGGGGAAUUCAAGAGGAAGGAAGUUCUUCUCACUCAAAUUAUUUCCCGUUUCAAUCCUGGCCCUUAAUGACAACCCUGAAAUUUAGUUAUUAUUUUGUUUGUUUGAAUGUCUGUCCAAAAAUAUAUUGCACAUAGUCUUUACUGAGGAAUUGACUUUUUUGGUAAUUUCAUUUUUCUAGUGACUUUAUUUGAAAUGAUCUUCACUUGUUUGCUUGUAUGAUCAUAAUUUUUUUUUUUUUGCAGUGCUGACUCUGUUGAUUCCUCAAUGAUGGUUGUGAGUACGCAAACCCUAAAGUUGCACAUGUCCUGUGUAAAGGGUCUUCAUCAUCAUGUACCAAUUUUGUUUGAUUAUUAUCAUUUUGCUGUCAUUGAUACCACUAUUCAUGCCACAGUGACAGCACUUGGUCUUCCCAACCACAGGUAACACUGACUUUUUUGCCGUUACAUUCAUUUUUUAAUCAUGAUAAUGAUAUAACGCUUUAUAAUGUUUCUUGUGUGAACAUUCUUUCUGUUUUUAUAUUCUUAGCAUUGUGCGGCCUGUAAAGAAUACCUGGAUUUCCAAGCAACCUUCCAACCAGCGUGUGUCGACACCAAUGUUCUACGUCACACUUUUCAGCAACAAAGCUCUUGCCCCCCAGGUACGUCAUUCAAUAUUGUUUUAACUCCACCGGUAUUUUGUUUUAAUUUUUAUAAUUUUCAGGAAUUAGUUUUAUGUAAAUCAUUUGUAGGGUUCAAUUGGUACUUUUUAUCAAAUCAGAAUUCAUUAAAGAUUUAAAAUUUUAAAUUGUAAAUGGACUGAGCUGAGUGGAUUGAGUAUGAUUAUUUUUGUUCAUCUUUAUUUGUAGUCCUUUGUAGGACUGAUGGUGAAUUUGACUGACAUUUUCAUUGACAGUUAUCAUCCUUUUGACUUUAAAGAUGACUUCCACACACAAAAUUGUCAAAACACCAUUUGCUGCCAUCAACAGAGCUAUUCUUGGCUACACUCACUCAUGCAAUGAUAUUCAAUCCUCUUUAUGUGGCUAAUUCUUCCAGCUGAUCACUAUUUAAAUGGCCUUUUUGUGUAGAGCCUCAGUGUUUCCUGAGAUGUCCACUUUGGUAAUCUUGGAAGUGAAAAAUCAAGCUGUAACCAGCAACAUGUUGUUGCGUUGUAAAAUUUUGUAUAGAUGGCAAAUAAAGAAUGAAUGAAUGAAUGAAUGAGUGAUUGUGUGAGUGAGUCUAGCCUCUAGAAAUAGGACCAUUAGUGUCAGCCAAUGGUGUUUGUACUUUUUUAGCAAAAUAAAUUAUUGGUAGGUGCAAAUUCAUCUUUGAAUCCAUAUUGUUGCUUUUUUCCAGAGUUCCAAGACUUCGCUUUUGGAAAAGCAGUUACAGUUUGCAUAUGACACUCACAGGUGUGAUUUUUUGUUUUGUUUAUUUUUUGUUUUUGUUUUGUCAUUGUUGUUGUUGUUUUUCAAGAAGGAUAUUCCUUCUGAGUUUUGAUAGAGGUAUGGUUUAGGCAGCUCUUUCUUAUUCAGACACCAUGCACUACAAGAUGAACAACUUCAAUUCCAAAAACAAGACACCUUAAGUUGGUCCCUGCAAUUCUUCAUUCAUUUUCCUUGACUCUCUAUAAGAAGGACACCUCCCUUAAACAGACACCUAGAGUUGGUCCCUUCCAUUCUUGAGUCAUUUUCUUUUGACUUUUCAUAAUGUAGACACCUCCCUAAAAUGGACAUUAAAUGUAAAUUUUAGAGUUCCAGGGUCCCUCCUAUUUUAGCCUUAAUACCAUUUUUCUUGAAUCUUGAAACUCUUCUCUGAAUAAAAAUCAAGUCCUUGAAAUACGGUACCUUUAGUUGCUACUGUUAGGUGGUAUGUGACAAAUGUUUGGAUUAUGAUGUGUUUUCUGACUAACCAGAUCAUGUCUACUGUACAUAAAUCGUAUCUGUUUCGUAGAUAUACAAUGACAAACAUUUUUUAAUUUUUUUUUUCAUUAAUUUUUACAGAUCAUUAUGCAGUACUUUGCUCUCAGCACAGAUUAAUCUGCUGGCUUAUUUUCAAUGUUUAAUGGAACUUCUCCCUGAAAAUCAAAGGAUAGAAAUAGGUAAGAAUAGCAAAAAUGCAUUUUUCUGUAAAAGGUAGAACGUUUUUUGCAUCAAAUGAAAACUCAGGAAAAAAAUCGGAACCCCAGAUGGUAUUUGAACCCAUGACCCUCUAUGAUCUAGUCGAGUUUUCAUUUGGUGCAAAAAAACAUAUCAUGUUCUACUUCUACAAAAAAAGACUCUGUAAAAGAUGUCAUGGUGUUCCUUCACAGCACGUGUAUACUAGAGAUUAUAAAUAUUUUUGCAUCCUUUGAGUUUAAUUUUGUCUUUUAUCAUACACAAUCAUUUCACAGUUAUGCAAAAGGUGUUUUAAAAGGUUUGAAGACUCUGAUUUAUAAGGAUUUUAUGUCCUUUCUGGGUUCUUUAAAGAUUAAUUAAAUAAAGCACCAGCUAUAAUUUCACAAAAUUAUUUAAUAUGGUCUCAAUCUCCAAUAAUAUUGAUCCAACCUAAUUCAGUAGUUGUAAGGCUAGUUGUAAUUGAAACUUAAUCUCAGGGCCAAAAUCAUGAAUAGAAUUUUUUUUUUUCAAAAAGGUGUGGUAGACUUUGGUGACAAGCUGGAUGCCCUUUGCAGUGCAACUGAGGUACACUGACAUUAGUUUUCUAAAUUUCUUAUUUUUUUGGUGCAAUAGUUAGGUGCCUUUCAGUACAUUUCAGCCAUUUAAUUCUUGUGAACUAUUUGCAGGCUACAGUUGGUUGUGAAGAAACAUUUUCUCAAGUAUGCAGUAAUCUGAAUAACCUUAGUUCAGAGGUGAGGGAACCUAAUCUUCUGAAAACUGUUAACUGUUAUAACUAUUUAGAUGAUUUAAAAAGGUUGGUGAAGAGUCUUCCAAUUCUUGAAAAUGACUUGAAAUUUGCAAACCAGUUUUCUUAACCUGGUAAAAGUCUGGAAGACUAGAACGGUUAGUAGUAUAGCGUGGACCAGUUUUCCCAUUUUUUUGAAAUGGAAUCUCAUUAGUUUCAAGUUGAAUUAUAUUAUUUUCAAUAUCACUGUGUUGUCAAUCAUUUAUGCUUUGUUUUGAUUUUAUUAAGAAUCAACAGAUUAACAUUCAUUGUAAAUUUGUUGAUGAGCUGUUUUGAAUUGGAUGUUGUGUACACAGUCUAACCUCUCCUUACUGACACCUCUAUUACAGACAGUUCAUUUGGUCCCAGAAAUGCCAAAAAUCAUACAUUUCCUACCUCUUUAAUACGAACACCUCUGUAAAGCGGACAAUUGGUUCUGUCCCUUGGUAUCCAUAUUAAAGAGGUUUGACUGUACUUUUCUCUGACAUUUAUCUCUAUUUAUGUCCAAGGUUUCUCUUGCAUGGUCUCAGUUCUUGGAGUUCUUUACCCUCAACAAAGCUGUUUUACCUUUCCUGAGAAAAGAGCACCAUAAUCAGAGGGUAGGAGUCACACAGUCUUCCAUUAAUUAGAAAGUACAAUAUAUUAUAUUAUUUUUAUUGACUACUGGACAAAAAGUAUCAUUUAACGGCAUACUUUUAUAGCCAAGUUAAUCCUCAUUAAGACAACCCUCGUCUUUCAGCAUUUAAUUUGAUAUUUUGUAGGUUAUAAAAUAAUAAUUUGCUGACAAAUCUCAUUUAUGAAGCAUGGAGUUUAGUUAUCAUAGUUGAAGCCGUACCUUUGAGUGAGUUCCUCUUAAGUCAAGUGUUGAACGUCUUGAUUACUGGUCUCUGAAUUCUGUGUGUAUCAGAGAGGUUUUUGAAACCAAAAGUAUGUUAGUUUAGCCUCAAACUCUCAAAGAAAGAAAUUCUACCGUAAUUAGAAUGAGGUCCUCCCCACCAAGUGAGAGCUGGGAAGGUUGUUGUAAUAGGGACCUUAGUACAUGACAUUCCAGUGUACUCAGUGCUGUGUUUAUGUCACUUCUGUCUCCUGUUUUUCAGAUUCACCAUUUUUCAGAGGCAUUUUUUAUUAAGGAGCAUUCAUGGGAAGAACUUCAGAACUCAGCAGAUCAAUUGUAUGUGCUUGUCUUGUUAAUUUUGCAUGUUUUAUGAAGUCUUUGCCUUCUAUAGUGUCUAUGAUAAAUGAUAAUCAUGCACAAUAUGACCCACUUCUGAAAAGCCGAAAAACAUUCUCAGACUGAUUACUGUAUUGUAGCACAUUGUUUACCAAAUCAUUCUCUGAAGUAAAGAAGAGUACUAUACCGUUAAAGGAAAUCUUAAUAAUCUUUUCUCCCUAGUGCCCAGCCUAACAUAUAUUGGGUGUUUAUUUAUAGGUAUACCAAAUGGGGUGAGGGGAGUGGGUUGCUCUGCCUCCACCUUUCCUAUGCUUGAAGCAGUUUGCUCCCUCUGUUUUAUCCCCAUCUUACAUUUGUCGUACAUGAAAAGCUUCUUGAUAAGUUUGUUCCAGUUUUAUGUCAGCCAAUUUUUUCAUCAUGAGACCCGUAAAAAAACAUAGCAUUCCAUAGCCCGCAAUAGGCAAAACAUCCCAGCAGUUGGGAACAAUGCAAGGUGGCUUUACAUCCCAGGACUGAAAUACUUUUGAGAGUCUUCUUGUGCUCGAAAAAGUUUUUUUGAUCAAGUUUAGACUUAAGUUAUAGAUUUUUAAAAUGAACUCUUGAUUGGUAGAUGGUUCAACAUCCAGUUCUAGGCAGCUAUACCAAAUAGAACACACCAUAAGUAAGUAAUAGGCAAAAUUUUGAUGCAAGAGAAGCGGUUGAAUCUAGAUAAGGGGGACCAGGAGAGAAGAUGGUACUGGGAGUAGCUACCCUGAACAGAAUUCGUGAUCAGUAUCCGGGGUGUGUGGCCCGGGAGAAUUGGCUCCUGGUGAGGCCCAUAUCCCCUAGUCGCUAGGCACUAAGGGGAACCAAGAGAGGUGCCCCUGGAUGGAGUACAUCUCACGUCGGACCGGGGGUACAUACCCUGUAGUGAGUAUUUUUUUUUUGGACCUUUCUCUAAGCUGUUCCUUUGAGUUUCCAAAAUGUUACUGAAUGUACUUGAUACUGGCAAACAAAAUAAUAAAUGUCUGAGUGUAGAUAAACAAAACCUCCAUUAAUUUGCUGCAGGUUUCAGCAACACCAGAGCUUGGCUCAGAGUGUCAAGGGAUCUCGCUACUAUCAGUCCAUACCUCCAGUGCAGGCAGAAUGUCCAUUGUUGGAUGGCGACUCAUCAUCUAUUCCAAUCAUAUUUGAAGACAAGUUCAGCUUUUCACUUCCUUCAGAACCAGGUAUGGUAUAAAAUCCAGCUAAGCCAUUUGACAGUCAUGUUUACAAAAUAUUUGCUUCCUUAUAUCAAUUAUUGAUAUCAUUGUAGAAACCAAGUUUUGGUUUAUUUCAAGACAGCUGAAUACCUUGACUCUUUUACAGUCAUAGUCAUGUAGUGAUAUUAACAGGAAGGCAACUUAAAUGUCAUAGGCAUGUUAACAGCAUAACUAGAUCACUAGGUAAUCGGCAACCUCGUUCCCAGGUUCUCUCUCCUAACCGUCGAGAGAAUCCCCCUCUCUCUCUUGCUCCACAGGGACAGGUAGGAGAGAAACCUGGGAACCAGGUUGGGUAAUCAGAGAAGCAGGUCCAAUUAUCUGGAGGCUUCAAGUUCUUUGUUAGGUAUAUGGUAUAUGAAUUAACAAUAAUUUCGGACAUUUGUGCAGCUAGACGCGAUGAAAAGAAAGCCCUUAAACUUAGUAAUAAAAAGCGUCUUCCAUUAGCCGAAGAGCAAAUUAACCAAGAAUAUAUAAAAAGAAUAUUUUAUCCCAAGAGGCGACAAGGCAAAAUCGUUGCUCAUUUUAGGGUACUAAUCUUUUAAAAAAGAAUCUUAAAGCUCUCCAAACGUUUUGUUUCUAUUUUUUGAAAUUGAAUUGACUUUGGGCCAAGUGCAAGCAUCCUGCUUUUACGUUUCGUAUUUCCUGUUAUGUAACAUUAAAUAUUAUUAAUUUUGGAUGAUAUCUUCUUUCCCUGUAACCAACAGUACCUCCCAAAAAUACAGAGUUGAAGGAUAUACUCUUUGCAUUAGACACAGCGGAAGAGGUAGAUGGCAACUCAGAGGAGAGCUACCUUGUCAUAGAUGAGAAUGGUAAGGUAACUUAUUUCAAGUGUUUUUCACAAUUAACUUCGUCAUUCUGUUUGAAAGGCGGUGUCAAGCUAUUUUUAUCGCCAGUUUCAGCGCAUACUAAACAAAUAAGGAUCUCGAGUCAAGUAUCUAAAUAACUGCUGAAAAAUGGGGAAGAACCACAGGGGUACUCACAUCCAGUUAGUUGUUGAUGUUAGUCUGCUACACAGCCAUUUUUAGUGUCGUCACGCAUUAACAACACUAAAAACGGCUGUGUAGCAGACUAAUGCGGGGUCUGAAACCAAGAAGUUUUGGGGAUCCUGGGAACAGUCGGAUAUUCUGAACAUUUACAGAUGAUCCGAUUGCCUUCUGAGUAAAAGAUAAGAUGCGAGCGGCUCCGAAGAUUUUUUCUGUUCCAGACCUCACUCCAGCUGUAUGCAAAAAUUCGAAAUGACCGCCAAAGAAGACACCCACGUAUCAAUAAAGUAAGCAUGAAAAAAGCUUGGUUCCUGGGGUUUUCAAGGUAUCUCUUUUAUUGAUCACCUAUUUGAUAACCUUGAGUCUGGAAAAAUAAAAUAUUGUUUUGGAAAAAAGUCUAGAAAAAGUCGUGAAUUUUGGUUACAAAAAUCUGUAUGAACCCUGUUUAGAUAUUCUCCACACAUUUGUUCAUACACGUCUUAUGGUUCUAAUAAGGAGAAUCUGUUAAAUAAUCAAGAACGUCAUUGGUUGAUCAUUUCCUUUAUUCUCACAACCUUUAUGAUUGUUUGAGCAGUGUUACUACAGGGUGAAGUUAGUAGUUGGUCAUCUUAGGGGUUACAGGAUUAUUCAACCUUAGUAUAUGCUACCCUUGAAAAUCUGAAGGUCCCUGUAAAUAUUCUUGUUCGUUUAGAGGCUGACGAAGCACAAAAGAACGGGUCUGCUUCAGAAGUUACGCUAGAAGAGACCAUUCACGAAACUGGAAAUGAAAAAGCUUGUGAAAAUGAAGCUAACGCGGAGGAAACUGCCCAGGACAAAGAAACAACAGAAAAGUUAUCAACAAAAGGAAGCGAAGACAGCUUAGCAGCUCUUGAUCAGGUCGAUAUUGAGCUAAAUUUUCAGACAGAUGAUGACAUGUCAACAAACUUAUUAGAUAAUUUACCGCCUGCUGAAGUUAAUAAUUCUGAAAGCGACUUGUUGUUAACUCAAGACGAUGGGAAUUUGGCUGAUAAUGAAACCGAAUCUGAGGUUAAGGAAGCAGAAUUGGAAAGAACUAGUGAAACAAACCCUACGAUUGAAGAAUCGCAAGAAAGGAGUUCGGAAACUUUGGAAUCGGAUUUUGUAGAUGCUGCUGCGAUAAAUGGUAUUGAAAUGUCGCCUGGUAUUGAUGUUAACAAUGAUCAUUCUGAAGAAACUAGUCAAGCUGAUUUUCCUGAGAAAAAAACUUUCAACGAAGAAGACGAAACCUCAAAACAGGAAUCAACAAUUGUUUGUAAUGAUGCUUCACAACAUUCCCUUGUUAACAACCCUGAAACUCCAAACGACGAGAAUCCGGUAGAAGGCGAAUUACAGCGUGUUACGGACAGCUCACAGGACGAAUUAAUUCCAUCUUCCGCUGAUGCUGCAGCAGAUUCCAGUGACUACGAAACUCCGAAGUCUUCCGAAACUUUACCGAGUACAUCUUCGGAGAAUCAGUCGGAAGUUGUUGUCACACAACCAACUGUAACCAUCAAUGGGGUCGAGCCUCGGAAUUCAGUGACUGAUGGCGCUCCGAUUCCCCCGCCGAGAAAAAAUAAAAAGAAAGCAGUUUCUAAGGGAUUAUCUUCCAGUUCAUUGGGUGCCUGUUUUCCCAUAGCUUGCGCUGGAAACACGUCUCCAACGUUUAAUUUAUCGCGGGUCGAUUCUGUCUACGGUGGGAGUGUGCGCUCCAGGUUAGUUUUGUAGGUUUAAUGUACUGUGUACUGUGACUUUUGAAGGAAGACUGAGAUCUGUCUGCGGGUUCACCAGCUGAUAGGGAACUUACGCACAGGCGUUUAAUAGCGAUGGAUGGCAACCGGAAGCGGGACCAUUUUCCUUUUCAUUAUGCCUUGAUGCUAUCACCUUUGUAUUACGUAGUGUCUUCGUUCUUUUAAUGACUGUUUGCUCGACAAUUUAGGCAAGCCUUAAAAUCCAAAACUUCAUCGCUCGUUGCUUAAAAACGCCUUUGCUUAUGCUCCCUUAGUCCCUGCGUAGAAUUAUCGAGAGUCGGGUAGACUUGUCGUAAAGACUUUCUAGUUUUUCAUUUUUCUGGCGUUCACUCUUUCCAAAGAGUUAGAACCACCUUACAAGACUCCAUCAUUUGCUCUGGGAGUGAAAGGGUUUGUGUGACCUCCCAUGGGACAGGAAAAAGGGGAUCGAAAUUAAUGUGGUGUUUAGAUGUAAAACUGACUAAGUGAUUAACACUUGGUCCAAACGAGUGUGAUUGAUGACCAUAGCGAUGACGACGACGGCGAUGAUAGGGAGCUUAAGCAACUAGGACGACGACGACGACGACGACAACUUUAUGAAAACAAUAGGUUUAAUGAUGAAAACAACAGCUCUGCGCGUGUAUCACGCUUUUUAGUACAUUUCUUUGACAUCCACUGCACGAUUACUACGUGAAACCUCCUAAUUUGACGUUUUGUGGAGGACGUGGACAUACGACGACGAAUUUUCCUUCCUCUUUUUGAACUUGAAUAAAAUCCUUAAGAAUUCAACUCCAGGAAAAGUCGCCUGCAUUUGACAUAUUGAGCGGGUCCAAAUAGACGCGAUUAAGUUUGAAAGAACGAAAAUUCGUAUUUUGAGAGACGUUUUCAUUGCCGUCGUCGUCGUCGUUGCUUAAGGUCCCUGAUGAUGACGACGACGACGGUGAUGACUAUAACGAUGAUGAUGGUGAUGUUGAUGGAUGAUUGGAGGAGGGGUGGCAUUGGUACCAAACUACAAUCGUUACCUCUAUAAUAGGGACAGUUUUGUAGUGCGGAAUAAGUGUUGGUGUCCGCAUAAGAAUUCAGUUUGCUAUGUUUUUUAUCUUGUGUUUUUUCUUUUGUGUUACCUGAGUGUUUGUUUAUUUGCUUUUGUUGCUUGUUUCUUCUUUAGGUUUGAGAUAGCCAAACGAUUAGUGAAGAGGAGUUUGAAUUAUCCGUUUCAACUUUACAGGUGCGAGAUUAUUUUCUAUUGUGCAUUAGCCUUCGAGCAAGAUCUCCAGUCAUGGCGAGCGAAGCGAGCCGCGAGAGAACGCGCGAGCGAGUGACGAAGCCUCGAGGGGCAGAGCGUCUCCUUUCGCGCGCGGCUCUUGCGUGAAUUGUCUCGACUCCCCCAAAUGAAGAGCUUGCUCGCGGGCUAAUUGUGUAUUAGUGUGAGCGAGUUAACUCUAUUUCGUGUAUCAGUGGUUAAAGUAAAAGACUCACUCUCAUAGCAUUUCAAAGUUCUUUCUUUGAAGAUUAACAAUAUUUUUUGGUCUCUGUUCUGGGUCUUUUCAGCGAUCAUUUCUUUAAAGGAGACCGUGAGCCAUAUUUUAGUGCUCAGGCCCCGGACGUACUGCAAACACAUCUGAUUGUGUGUGUUCAUGGUUUGGAUGGAAACAGCGGUGAUCUUCGUCUGGUUCGCUGUUAUUUGGAGAUGGGUUUGCCUUCUACAAGACUUGACUUCCUUAUGUCGGAGAUAAAUCAGGUAAACGAUAUAUAUAUGGUCCUUCUGAAUUUCAAAGAUGAUUUCGGCACGAAAUCUUUAAAAGGUUGAAGAGAACGUAGGUCAGGGUUCGAAUCCAGGCGAGCGUGACUCAUGAUUGUUUUCAGGCUUUCUUUUCGCAAUUGCAUAAGUUGCGUCUUUAACAGGGAGGAUCUUCUUUGCAUUUAUUCCUCUCUAUAUCCAGUUUCAUUGCCAUCCCUAUGUAUUAUAUACCGUUAAAGUACAACUUGCUUUAUAGAGAACGCUUCCUCAUUCAGUGCACCAAGUGAUUCUUCGAUCAAAUUAACAAUCAGUGAACGGAUUCCAAUAUUCUUGCAUUGUUUUGGUGGGUUACCUUUGUUCUUCUCUUUACAGCCGGACACGUUCGUGACAUUUGAAGAGAUGACCGAUAAAUUGGUGCGAGAAAUCACACAUCACAUUGAAGCUUACAAUCUGAUUCCAACAAAAAUAAGGUUUGAUUUUCCUCUCUUUCAACACUAAACUUGAUUUAGUUGCCUGAAAAAAAAAAAACGUUUUGUUUUGUCUCCUCAGCUUUGUGGGUCAUUCUCUUGGGAACAUUAUCAUCAGGUCUGCUCUUAACCACCCUGAACUGCGACCCUUCCUGGAUAAGGUCCACACAUUCCUGUCCCUGUCAGGACCUCAUUUGGGAAUGUUGUACCCAACAAGCUCUCUUGUGAGCACAGGUAAGAAUAAUUACUUGUGGUGUUUACAUUGCACUGAAGAUUGUAGAUCUAGUUAUUACACAGCUUUACUUUUUUCCAGUAGUACGUGCUCUCGUUAGCUACAUUGAGGUCACGUGGCAUGACCUGUUUCCCUCAAGUUUCCCUCGGGACUUGUCAUCACAAAUUUUCCUUAUAGCGUAGUUUCUCUUUAAGGUUUGUGGUUUAUGCAGAAGUGGAAGAAGUCGGAUUCAUUGGCGCAGUUGUCGUUACACGAUCACCCCGACCCUCGCCAGACCUUUAUUUACCGGCUUAGCCAAUCAGAAGGUUAGUAAAAUUAUCACGGAGUCUCAUUUCUAUGUUCGUUUACUCGGUAAUGAAUGGAACUAGCGUACAAUCGAGGCUCAUGCAGGGACUCAUCUUACACUCAAAUAAUAGUAUAGACGUCAAAUGACGUCUGUUAUCUUUGCCUCGAAUGCACGCUAGUUCUAGUUCACCGCAGUUUAGGCCUGUGGAGUGAUCACUUACUCUUGAGGUCACCUCACUUAGGAGGUAGCCUGCAUGCGAGCAAGCUGUCUGCGUAGCAAGUCUUUUGAUACAAGUUUAGGUUUAAAUUAAGGCAUGAGUGUGAGCCAUGGAUCUUGCCUUGUUUAAAAAACAGCACUAUCGUUGAUAAGUAGAUAUUAAAUAAGUAAUUGAAUAAGUGACUACAAAGAAAAAAUACAUACAAACAAAGAAAAAAUCUGAUUGCUGGACGAGAGGAUGGCUUCCCAGAUAACGGUAGAGCGUUCCGGUCUCUGAUAUGCUUUUAUGAAAUAUUUAUUUUGUAAGUUUUCAUAGGGAAAAGACUUUGUACUGUGACAUCUAAGCGAAAUAUUUUCUUAUAGGACUGCAGCACUUCAAAAAUAUCCUCCUUGUAAGCUCUGUUCAAGAUCAUUAUGUUCCUUACCACUCAGCCAGAAUAGAAACUUGCCGAGCGGCAACCAGAGAUAACUCAGAUAUUGGUGAGUACUGAAAUGUUUUUACUCUUUAGUUAUUAAGUUAUUCAAAUCAAUAAAAUUAUAAUACUGCUUGAUUAUCCCCUUACUAGCGCACGAGGACACACGAUAUCUUAACGGUGUGGCUGUUUACCGCCAAAAGUCUCUGGGGGGCGGGGGGAGGGUAACAUUGCAAGAUCUUUGACGUCACAGGAAGGUAGUCUGUUACCCGCAAAUAUUGCCCGAUUUUUUCUGUUUUGUACUCUGCUCCAUCUCGCCGUGAAAGUUGGAGAUUCUCGGGAAGCAAAAAUGACAGUUUCUUUUUUAAAACGCAAGCGAGAAGCUUUGUUCUUAUACUGACGGAUUUGAUAGUAAACUGCUAUGUUUUUAAUCGGUGUUCUGCCAGAACAAGAAACGCACAAAUUCAGGCUUCCAAGUUGUUCUUCUUUUAAAUUGGAAAGAAGCAAAAGUGGAGUGCCGGGGUUGUGCAAGUUAGCCCGCCAAGAUACACAGUAUAGUAGCGUUUAGCCUGCCUAGCAUUUUUUCCACGCAAGAUCGAUGCGAAAGUUGGAAUGAGAACGAGAAAAGAGAAGGAAGAGGGGAAGGGAAGGGAAGGGGGUAAGGUUGCCUUAUCCCCGACCCUCCCCGCUUCCUCUCUUUUGUCACUCUCAUUCCAACUUUCGCAUCGAGCUCGCGUGAAAACGCGCUGCUUAUGACGCAAGCUGUUACAUUCUUGAUUAACUUGAUUGCUUAUACCGUGUCAUUUAUCGUUUCCGCCCAGGAUCUGCAUACAGAGAAAUGAUCGACAAUCUUCUAAAACCGCUGGAGGAGAGAAAAGAUAUGAACUUUAUUCGAUACAGUGUUUACCACAAUCUACCAAGUUCGGCGAAUUCGUUCAUUGGAAGAGCUGCCCACAUAGCCAUGUUAGAUUCCGAACUUUUUAUUGAGAAGUUGUUACUAGUGUCUGCGUUAGAUUACUUUAGAUAGGUUUGGUGUGGUGCUAGUGAACGGAGCCUUCAAAAACUCUUUUAUCUCGUUUUGUAUUAACUACAGACACCUCCCUAAAACGGACACCUAGAGUUGGUCCUUGCUGUUCUUCAAUCAUUUACUUUGACUCUCGACAAGGCGGUCACCUCUCUAAAAUGGCCACCUAGAGGUGGCCCCUGUUCUUCAGUCAUUUUAUUUAACUCUUUGUAAGGCGGACACCACCCUAAAACGGCACUUAUGUCCAGGUUUGCACGCAGCUGCAAUGUUUGUGAUUUUUCGUCUGCUUACAAAAAAUCGCAAAAAUUACAAGGUUGGCGAUUGGAUUCUUAGAGGUGGCCCCUGCUGUGCUUCAUUCAUUUUCUUCUACUUUCUAUAAGGCAGACACCACCCUUAAAAACGGACAUCUAAAGUUGGCCCCUGCCUUUCUUUACUUCUUUUCAGUGACUUCCUCUAAGGGCUUGUUUACGUGGAGGUGGGGACCUCAGGUAGGUUAGGUAGCCCGCGGCGGGUCACCCCACUUAUGAUGUAAACGUGAUCAAAUUAAAAUGAGACAUAAUAUGGACAGGCGGGUUACUCCACCUAAGCGGGUUACCUCACUUACCGGGGGUCCCCCCACCUCCAUG